CGAGUCCUGCCGUACCCUCAGUUCCGCUGCGGAGCUGCGGGCGGCCCUUUGCAGCAUUAAUUACAGAUUAAAUUAGUUUCCGCUUCUCCAGCAACAUGCCACGCUCCUGUUUUAUCCCUUCAGAUCGUAGGGAGGAAAUGCUGGAAGCACUCAAGGCUCUCUCGACCUUUUUUGUGGAAAACAGUUUGCGCACCCGAAGGAACCUGCGUGGAGACAUUGAACGACGAAGCUUGGCCAUAAAUGAAGAAUUUGUGCACAUAUUCAAGCAAGUUAAAGAGGAACUCGAGAGUAUAAAUGAAGAUGUGCAAGCAAUGAGCAGCUGCUGUGAAGACAUGUCCAGUCGUUUGAAGGCAGCAAAGGAACAAACCCAGGACUUGAUUGUAAAAACCACAAAACUCCAGGCAGAAAAUCAGAGAUUAGAAAUGAAAGCACAAGUUGCAGAUGCAUUCAUAGCAAAAUUCCAGCUGACACCGGAUGAAAUGAAUCUGCUUCGAGGCACUAAAGAUGAGCCAAUUACUGAGGAUUUUUUUAAAGCUUUGAGACGAGUAAAACAAAUUCAUGAUGAUGUCAAGAUUCUCCUCCGAACAAAUCAGCAAAGGGCGGGCUUGGAAAUUAUGGAACAGAUGGCUUUACUGCAAGAGACAUCUUAUGAACGACUUUACAGAUGGACUCAAAAUGAAUGCAGGACAUUGACACAAGAAUCAUGUGACAUUUCUCCAGUUCUUGCUCAAGCCAUGGAAGCCUUACAAGACAGACCUGUCUUGUACAA